AUGAGUGAGCAGCAACACAUGCUCAACAUGUCCCGGCACCUGUUUUCUUUUUCGGUGCUUCUUCUCUGCGUGCUGUUGUUAUGCUUUGGAAGUACGGCUGUGCACGCCGAGGAGAAAAGUACGCCAAAAGACGUGCAGCCGGCAAAGGAUGCUAAUCUUUUUGUGCCGCGUCGAAGGAUCGUGGAAACACAAGGUCAAAGUGAAGCAUGGAAAUUUUUUAUCUUCCCUUCCCUUGCCAGUGCUGGUGGAGUCUUGGUUGCUUUCGCCCAGAGCUACACCAUGCUUGCAUUCUCUACUUACGAACCCAAUUGGCCCAUGUCUUAUGAUGUUGUGGCGGGGUACAUUGACCCUGCAGAAAACUGGUCGUCUUUUGUUGAUGAGGUCCGACUAAACACAUGGAAGACGUACAGCAUCUUUCACACAGCCCUGCUAGAGGAGCAUAACAGCGGUCUGAGAUACGCGUAUGCACCCACAACAAUUGCGAAGGGCAACAGAAUAUUCAUACUUGUGGGAGGGUAUAAUCAGAAAUAUGAUGCUUCAUCGAAGAAGUGGUUUGCACCCUCACAGGGUUUUGAUUUGUUUGUGGGUGAGGUCACGCAAGAUAAAGUCAUUCAAUGGGGCGAACCCACCUCGCUUUUGCCACAGAUGGAACCAUUUGCUAAACAAAGUGGCGUGGACCAGUU